AUGGCAUCCAAGUUCACAAACCCCCGGCGCUUAGGCAAGAAUGGUCCAUUGGUCCCCGCCAUUGGAUAUGGUAUGAUGGUUAUGACCUCUCCAUCUUACGGAGCUCCGAUCGAAGAUGAUAAGCGUUUCGCCCUGCUUGACCGCGCCCUCCUGGCGCAAUGGUUCAAGAGGACCGGAAAACGCGACCAGAUCUUCCUCGCAUCCAAGUUCGGAUACGUACGCGGUAGUCCGACAUUGGAGAUCGAUACCUCAGCCGCAUACACCAAGAAGGCCUGCUACUUGACCUUGGAGACCCUCGGAAUCGACCACCUUGGCCUUCACCCCAAUCGAGAAGACCAUGCGCGCUCUCGUCGAGCUACAAGCGUACGUAAACCCCACCUACAUGACCACUGGCAGAAUCGAGGGCUCACUUCAACCAGCGAGGGUAAAAUCAAGCACAUCGGCCUUUCGUGCGUAUCCUCCAGCACUAUCCGGCGCGCCGCCAAAAUAGCGCCUAUCGCCGCCUACCAGCCCGGUUACUCGCUCUUCGAGCGCUUGAUCGAAGGACCCGAAGGAACCGACGCCCUAGCUACAUGUCGCGAGCUCGGCAUCGCAGUUGUCUGCGCAAUGCCGCUAGGCCGAGGCUUGUUGAGCUCCGCGUUCAGCCAGGGCAAGGCGAUUGGAGCCGAGGCGGAUGUCCGCGAGAAGAUGAUGCCGCAAUUUCAGGAUGGGGCGAAGCAGGCUAAUGCGAGCUUGGCGGCCCAGAUUAAGGUCGUUGCUGAUCGGAAGGGUUGCAGCUUGUCGCAGUUGGCGCUUGCUUGGUUGUUGAAGCAGGGAGAUGAUAUCUUUCCGAUUCCCGGCACGAGGCAGAUUAAGUACCUCGAGGAUAAUAUGGGGGCGCUUGACGUCACGCUUACGGAUGCGGAGGAGUUGGAGAUUAGGGGUAUUGUGGAUAGGACGCCUGCUGUUGGGGGUUCGGUUCCUGACGCUUUUACUGGGAUGCUUUUCCGUGACACACCGGAGGAGUAA